AUGUGUCAGUUGGCCGACUGCGGCCCACCUUCGAAUCUGCCGCGCAUGCGCACCUUUCCGAUGUGUGUGGCUCCCAGUGGUGCCAAUAGGAGCGGGCUUGAACCGGCGGAUAAGAAGGGUCCGGCGCUUUCAAAAUUGCUUAAAGUUUUAUCGUACUUUUUAUCGCACGGGUGGCUUUCGACGUGGCUGAACUGUCCAGAGAGAUCCGACUCUUGGCUGAGAUGGCGGUGCAACUUCAAAGGAAGUGUGAUGGGCGAAUGUGUGAGGUGGCCGCCUGCGGACCGGGCUGAAAUGAACAUGCACACAGGCAGGCGACGGGGCGGAGAAAAUUGAGGAGGGGGAGUGCCUGGAGCAGGAGGAUCGGGUCUGUCCAGCUAAUCAAGCAUCAAC